AUGAGCGGACGUCUCCUUGCCGCUGGGCUUUCGCCCUCAACGCGACGUGCCCCAGUCCAAGCUGUACGACACUUCCAUCGAUUUCCCGCAGGCGGGCUACAGCGAGCUGAUGCAGCUAUUCGGGCCACCCAGCGCCGUAUGUGGUUUCCUGGCAAUGCCUUCCACAAUGCUGUCAUCGUGCGGAACGCAUCUUUCGCCCGCUUCCUGCCCAAGCUGGUUGUUAAGUUUGCCAGGAUCCCCGCCAUGUUUGGCGGCCUAGCUGUAGGAACACUCGCCUGGAUUCAGUAUCAGGCCAAUCAGAUAACCAACAACGCCUGGGACAUGGUCACCAAGACGGCAGACGGUGUUUCAGAGACUGCAUCAAGCUUUUUUGGAGGCGCGAAGGGCAUUGUAGACCAAACGAUGCGCGGAUGGGAAAACACGAAAGAACAAAUCGAGACGCCCGAAUGGUUGCAAAAGGUUUUGCGCAUCCACGACGACAUUGGAACUGGCGGUGGCGGUUCCGAAGGUCCCGGAGGGGAGCAGCCAAAACAGAGUAGAGCAGGUGCCGCUGUUGUGGCGGGAGGUUCGGCUGCAGCAUAUGGCUACGAUCAAUCUUCAGAGGACGACCCGCGAGAACCCGACGAGGUGGCCAGAGAUGACCAAAUGAUGGUUCUGACCAAGAAGAUGAUUGAGAUUCGGGGCAUGCUCCAGCAAGUUGGACAAUCGAGCACUCUGACACUCCCUUCGAUUGUUGUGAUUGGAUCCCAAUCAUCUGGGAAGAGCUCCGUUCUGGAGGCCCUUGUGGGCCAUGAAUUCCUACCCAAGGGAACCAAUAUGGUCACUCGCCGGCCGAUAGAGCUGACUCUCGUCAACACUCCUGAGUCGGAAGCCGAGUAUGGCGAGUUCCCCGACUUGGGCCUCCGACGCAUAACCGACUUUUCGUCCAUUCAAAGGACAUUGACUGAGCUCAACUUGGCAGUCCCCGAUGCUCAAUGUGUAUCGGAUGAUCCUAUCCACCUCACCAUUUACUCACCCAACGUCCCAGACCUGUCUCUCAUUGACCUUCCCGGAUAUAUCCAGGUGGUAGGACAAGGCCAGCCGCUUGAGCUGAAGCAGAAAAUUUCCGAACUCUGCGACAAGUACAUCCAGCCACCCAAUGUCAUCUUGGCCAUCUCUGCCGCCGACGUGGACCUAGCAAACUCGACAGCCUUGCGUGCCAGUCGCCGCGUGGAUCCUAGAGGUGAACGAACCAUCGGAGUAGUAACCAAAAUGGACUUGGUGGAUGCUCCUCGCGGUGCAGCUAUAUUGGGCGACAAGCAAUACCCCCUCAGGCUCGGCUAUGUGGGCGUUGUAUCCAAAGUUCCACAAACUGGCGGCUUGUUCAAGCGGUCUGGCAGCGUCAUGUCUGCCAUUGCAAAGAACGAGAGCACAUUCUUCUCAGCACACCCGCUCGAGUUCGGCGAAGGAGCAGGUGUCAGUGUAGGGACGAUCAACCUGCGUAAGAAGCUCAUGACGGUUCUUGAACAAACAAUGUCUGCCAGUUUGGCAACCACCAGCGACGCCAUUAGGCAAGAGCUCGAGGAGGCGACUUACGAGUUCAAGGUUCAAUACAACGACCGGCCCCUGUCCGCCGAGUCUUAUUUGGCGGAAAGUCUCGAUGGCUUCAAGCACUCUUUUAAGCAGUUCACAGAGGAAUUUGGGCGCCCUCAGAUGCACCAGCUUCUUAAGCAAGAGCUGGACCAAAAGGUCCUCGACCUUCUGGCAGCUCGGUACUGGAACAAGCCCAUUCAAGAUUUGUCUCCUACCGGGCCUGAGCCGGACAGCUUGGCGGACCUGCCCAAGGCCGACCCGGACUCUCUGUACUGGCGCCGCCAGCUUGACGCCUCAACCUCUUCAUUGACGAAACUUGGCGUUGGGAGAUUGGCCACGACUGUCGUGGCAUCGGCCAUCCAAGCACACAUCGACACGUUGAUCAAGCACUCCACGUUUAGCAACCACCCGUUCGCUCGGGAAGCAAUCAAUGAAGCAGCCUCAACAAUCCUAAACGAGAGAUUCUACAGCACGAGCGACCAGGUCGAAAACUGUAUUAAGCCUUACAAGUUUGAAAUCGACAUUGACGAGAGGGAAUGGACCCAAGGUCGCGAUCACUCGGCCGUUGUCUUGAAAAAGGAGCUUCAGGACUGUGAAGGUGCUCUGAAGAGUAUCGAGGAUACUGUUGGCGGUCGCAGGAAGUUAAGAGAGGUAAUGAACUUUGUGGACCGUGCUCGUAAGGGAGAGAUUGUGGUCGAGGGAGAAAGCCGGAGUGGCGCCGGAGGGUUCAGCGCUUCUCUCCUCAAAAGGGGACGUGAGGCUGUCUUCCUUCGAGAUCGCGCCGAUAUCAUCAAGAUGCGCUUGAUGGCAGUCAAGUCGAAGCAAUGUGCCAACCUGAAGAACAAGUACUAUUGCCCCGAGGUCUUCCUCGAUGCGGCAGCCACAAAGCUCGCCUCGACGGCUGUGCUGUUCCUUAACGUGGAGCUCCUUUCGGAGUUUUACUACAAUUUCCCGCGUGAGCUUGACCUCCGCCUCGGAAGACAUCUCUCAGACGAAGAUAUUGAAAGGUUCGCCAAGGAAGAUCCUAAGAUCAGAAGGCAUUUGGAGGUCAUCCGUCGUAAGGAGCUGCUUGAGUUGGUCCUCGAGAAGAUGGAGAGCCUGAGACAGCUCGAGGGACGCGAGCGGGAGCGAUUGAAGGGCGGCAAUAGCAGGCCCGCCAAGGAUGACAAGCAGCGCGGACGCUGGGGGCUCUUUUGA